AUUUUAUUGCAAGAUGAAAAAUAAUCAAGUCUAUCGCACUCUUCCUUCAAGUAGCCAACAGAGGAAUGAUCGGAUGACUCAGAUAUUAGAGAAUUCUGAGUAUCGAAGCCCUGAGCUCCCCCCACAAAUAAUCGAAGUCUUACCUGAGUCAAGUUCAAUCAAAGAAAGAGAGAUGCCCAAUUAAAAUGAAGCGAAGAGAUGUCCAAAUAAAAUUCGGCCCUGGUCACCACAAAGAAAGGGAUCUCAAAGAUAUCUGGUACGCCCUAGAUUACCAAGACCGAAGGAUUAACAAGCUCAUUGACGAGAACCAGGAGUACAAAGACAGGCUUAAAUAUACUGAGAAAAGACUUGACGUCGAGAUAAAAGAUAUUAAGAAGCAAAUAUCAGGCCUUCAGAAUAAUAUGGAGUCCAUAAUCGACAUUGUGAAGGUAUUUCAGUCCCAGUUUGAACAACUCAAGAAGGCUACAAAGGCUAGAGCUACUAGUCCUGGCUCACCUAAGUUCUCCACUGGGGUAUCCACCAGAUCUAGUAAUAAGAAGCAAAUAAGUUUCAACACUAGAGUUAAAAAGAAGGUGAGGAAAUCUAAGCCUGCUGUUCAUCAGGCUGCUUUGACUGAUACUGAGAGUAAUAAAAUGCAUGAUUUACUCAAGAAGAACUGCCCGAAUUCGAAAACUAAGAAGAAUUUUUAUUCAAACAAGUCAAAAUCCAAAUCUAUCAGCUCAAGUGGACUUAAGAAUAAAUUCAAACCCAAUACUUUUAAAAAUCAAAGCGUGAGUAGAUCUCCUCACAGAGAUGACAGUCAUAGUACGACUUCAAGAAAUAAGAAGAAAUCAACGAUUGGUAGUGCGGAAAGAUGGAAAAGCCAAGCUUUGAAGAAUUCUGUAGAAACUUUAUCAAUCUCAUCAGAAAAACCCAAAGCAGCUUAUUUUAAGAAUACUCUCGAUUCUCACAAUAAGAUCAGGUCUGGGGGUACAAAAGCCACAAAACAUCCACAAAAAGCAACCCCAGUGCAGAAUGUUAAGUUGUACACGAGAGAAGACUCUUCAUCGACAAACGAAAUCGAAGAGCAGCUGCCCCAAAUGAUGAAGUUCUUCGACAGCAAAGUUCCUGGCAAUGUCAUGAAGUACAAGCUUGACUUAAGCGGUUCCAAAGUGAAGCCUCAAAAGCCGGCAAGAAUGACUUGGACCAAAUAGCCUGGAGGCUAUUUUGACCAUAAUAUUCCUUAAAAAGCUGGCAGCUUUUUCUGUAAAUAUUAUUCGUCCCAAUAAGUAUCUCCAUUAA